AUGAAGAACUUCGCCAACAUUGUCGCCGUUGCUGCGCUCGCAGCCAACAGCGCUUCCGCUCAUUAUAUCUUCCAGCAGCUCUCGCUCGAUGCCACUCAAUAUGCCCCGUUCGAGUACAUCCGACAAAACAGCAACUACAACUCUCCUGUUACAGAUUUGGCUUCGAACGACCUGAGGUGCAAUGUUGGUGCCCAGGGUGCCGAUACUAAGACGAUAGACGUGAAGGCCGGUGAAUCAUUCACUUUCACACUUGAUACCCCUGUGUACCACCAAGGGCCGAUCUCCAUCUACAUGUCUAAGGCUCCGGGAGCUGCCUCCGACUACGACGGCAGUGGUGAAUGGUUCAAGAUCAAGGACUUCGCUCCCGACUUCUCGGGUGGCGAAGCUAAGUGGGAUAUGUCCGGCUCAUACUCGUACACCAUCCCAUCGUGUAUUGAGGACGGCGAGUAUCUCUUGCGAAUCCAGAGUCUCGCAAUCCACAACCCGUACCCUUCUGGCAUUCCCCAGUUCUACAUCUCUUGCGCCCAGGUCAAGGUGUCCGGUGGCAGUGGUAGCUACAACCCUACGACUGCGCGAAUCCCUGGCGCUUUCAAGGAGACCGACCCUGGUUAUACCGCGAACAUCUACUCCAACUUCCACGAGUACACUGUCCCCGGCCCUGAGCCCAUGACUUGCUAG